AUGAUUUCCAUCUGGAUUCUACUUAUAUCUCUGCUCCUCACUGUGAACAGCCGGACAAUCGUAGUCUAUAAUAAUAGAUGCGUGGGCGGCAAAGUAUUUAAAUGUGGAUGAUGAUUGGAGAAAUGGAAAGAUUUGGGCACGGACUGGAUGUGAUGGAGAUUUCAAUUGUGAGACUGGAACUUGUUUGAACGCAGAACAAUGCAAUGGAAGGACAGGAACUCCACCCGCAUCUGUCGCAGAAUUCAAUUUGAAAUCUUGGGCUGGAAGAGACUUUUAUGCAGUUAAUCUAAUCGAUGGUUACAAUCUCCCAAUGUUAAUUGAUGGGUUGGGAUGUCAAAGAGCCGGUGGAUGCAUCUCUGAUGUAAAUGCUGCAUGCCCUACAGAACUUGCAGUGAAGAGUAGUUCAGGUUACACUGUUGGGUGUAAAUCUGGAUGUCUUGGAUAUGGAACUGAUAAGGAAUGCUGCCGUGGGGAGUAUGAUUCUCCAGAUAAAUGCACAAUGAGCUCUACAACGAAGAUGUUCAAGAAUGCAUGUCCAGGUGCAUACACUUAUCCAUUUGACAACUCAACAAUGUUCGUGUGCUUGAAACCUUCGUCGUAUACCGUUCAAUUUUGUUGA